AUGACAAACGAGGCAGCGACCACAAUGCCACGCCUGGGUAUAUCGUACCCACCUUCGUUUUCUUCCUCAUUUUGGACAUACCCUGAUUACCGCAAAGGAGCGGUAGUAUUGUACUCACGACUACAAGAAGGACUGGAUGAAAAUGAAACUGUUUUAAUGCACAUGCAGCAUCGUGUUAAUGCAGAAUACGCAUAUGCACGAUCACUAGCUCAAGGUCAAAAUGUUAUUUGCUCCUCUGAUCUGCUUUUUCCUGGCGCAGCAGAUCGUUCACGCUCGAGAUAUGACAAUUACUCGUCUUUGACUGCACAAGCCAUGCGUGAGACAUCAAACUUGGUAUCGAGCCAUGUGGCUGCGCAGCAUUUUCAAGUCGCCAAGGAACUUGAUGAAAUUGCUCUCGAAUCUUUUAGUGCAUGGGUUGUGGCACAUACAGAACGGGUUCAUGGUAGCUGGCGAGCUGUGGACGACGCACUCGCGGCUCUAGAAGCUCAGUCACUGGAUGCAACGAAAAAGCAGUCUGCCUAUGAAACUCGCUGUCAGUAUGCCGACGAAGCCGAAGAUGAUGUGCGAUUUGCACCUAAACCACAUGUAUUUGGUGCGCAAAAAGAGUCUGAUUCUGCGCAGGAAGACGAAUGUAAUAAAAAGUCUGACGAUCCCCAAUCGCAGGCUGCUCGUACCCCUAGCGCAACGUCAAAUUCCGAAAGCAAAAAGGUAUCUCAGGAAGUACUUUUGACGGUGGAAGAUGGGCUUGAAAAAGACGCUGAAAAGUCAAAAGCAUCAAACCAGGUUCCUCUAGAGCAGAAGGAAGCGGAUGCACAAAAACUGAAGCGACGUGAAACAAUCCGUCAGCAGUUCGGAUUUAAGGAGCGAAAACGCCCAAAUACGCAUGAACAACAUGAUCUUGUACAUCCUUCAUCGGAACGUCCGCCGCAGGAGCAGCAGCAACAGCAUCAUUCUCGAUUGUCUUCUUAUUGGAACUUGACUAAAGAACGUGUCCAAGAAUCACCUGCAUUAGCCCAAGUUCGAGCUGCUAUGACAGGACUCUCUGAGCCACGGCAUAUCCGUUUGCGACGUGAGGCUGAUCUGGCCGAAAAGGCUUAUCGUGAAUCAGUCAUGCUACACGACAAGCUGCGAUGUGAGGCAGAAGAAGUGCUGUUCCGUGAGUAUAAAAGGGUGCAAAAAUGGGAAUAUGACCGCGCUAUCGCGUUGCAACGGGUAUUGGCUCUUUGGCAAAAAAUUGUGGGCCGUAUUACUAGUAAAUCAGACGCAUCGAUGAUAAUGAGUAUUAAUCCGGCAAGCCACAUCCAGCAGCUUGUAUUUGAUUUCCGCACAGGACCGUUUCGGCCUGCUGCCAUGGUGUUUAAACCAUACUACCAUGAUGACAUGCGUUUUCAGGCAGGAACAAUCAAUGGAGGGUUUGGCAUGGACUUGAUAACAGCUGCGAAGAGUGUGGCGCUGCAAUCACAUAAAUCGGCUCUUUCUGGUCAAGGCAUAUCUCUAGCGAUGCCGAAUAUACCACCUGUGCUCCAUGUCCUUCUCUCGGCAUUGCAAAGAUCCUAUGCUGAAUCGUCACGCUGGGUUCCCCCCAACAGCGCAUUGUCGGAUGCAAAAGUCAAUGCAGAAAAACGACGAAUUUGGUUGUACGAUGUCCCAUUGACGAAAAUGCACGAACUUCGACGCGAACUGUCGCAGUUUUAUAACUCCAAUCAAAGUGAGAAUGCAAACGAGUCGAGUGCUCUCGAUCAAAUGCUUGACGCCGUCGAUGCCCCUGUCCUUGCUGCUACGGUGAAACUUUGGCUGCUCGAACUUCAUUCACCUUUACUUACGUUUUCUUUGUGGGAUAAGAUUGUCGCCCUGUAUGAGGCGAAUCAUGUACGAAUUUCUUCGCUAUCGGAAGAGUCAAACAAUGAUGCCCUAAAUGCAAUAGACGAGACCCAUUUGCGAGGCUUGUCUGAGAUACUAGGCCAUCUUCCAAAAUUACAUCUGACGUGCCUCGAUUCUCUUGUGUCGCACCUAUACAAACUUUUGAAACUGACUUCAACAGAAGAUGAUGAUGAUAUGUAUCUCGCCAAGUUGGGCUUGUCAAUGGGUCGCUGCGUUCUACGCCCUGACAGUACUCUUUCUUCUCUUGUGUUUUCUGAUGUUCCAGCUUUAUUGUUUAGGGAUUUAGUCAAGAACUAUGAGACACUAUUGCCGCCCAUUAUGCAGCACAAGGUGAAGGAGUCGGAUUCAAAAGGCCUGAGCCCAUACAAGGUAUUGACACUUCAAAGGCAUCGGCCUGCACUGGUGGAUGAAAGGAUCAAGCGUAGUUCACUUCCUGGGCUGGGUUUGCCUAAAGAAGCACUGCAGCGUCGCGCAACGCAGCUCGAGUCUCGUCACAUGUCCACCCCAUAUGUGCGGACACUGGUGGACACUACUACUGCGAAUGAAAAGGCGACUGUUUCGCGCUCAGCCACACUGUCACACAUGCAGCUUAUCUCCGGGCCCCUUCAUGAUACUGCAUACAUUUCAUCAAAGCAGGAAAUCAAAGGGAAUGUCGUGCCGGCAAUAAGCAAUCGGUCUCCUGAAGAAGCACCCAAGACGGAUGUUCUCUCAAGCGCGUCUGUUCAUGCCAAUCGCUCUAAGGAAACUGAUAACAUCGAUACAAUACAAAGAAAAGAUGAAUAUAACCAAAAUGCUACUGAUGUAUCAUCGGCGGUCCCAGAAUUACACUUGCAAAGCAUGCCGGACGCAAAAGAGGUCGAUAUUCCCAGGUCCCCGAUGGAUCUUGAACAAGAACGCAAAUCCCCAUCCGGAUCACCGUCCCAUGGACGUUUUUCCAGUGAUGCCUCGCCAAAUGCUACUCCGACUACUUCCCAAACACCCCUUCGAGCUCGACCAGGUGGGGUUCGUGGACCCAGAGGCCCGCGAAAAGCAUCUAAGUAA